AUGGCUUCUCAAGAGUACGUAAAGCUCGCACAGUCUCUCCCGCCACGACUGCUACGAUUCUUCGCCCGUUACCCUCCCCCUACAUCCUCCUUCGCCAACCGCGCCCCAACAUCCUCAAUGUCCACCUCGCUUAGCACCUCCUCCUCCAACCCAAAUGCCAGUCGAGAAGAGAAUACCAUCUCAGAUUCCCCCCCAUCACUCCCUUAUCCGAACCCGUUCCAAUCGCAAAAGCACCCAGCUACCGGCAAAUGGCACAACCCAGUCUUUUCGUUGCGGCGGCAAGCGGAUCUAGUGAAGAUGGCACGAGCCAAUGGAAUUGAAGAGCUAUUACCUUACACAACCAAGGGCACAGAAGAGAGAAUACAGAGGAGGGUGAAGCAUGGAUUGAGGGUAAAGGGGACAGGGGUCGGGCAGAAGGUGAAAGGAAAGCUGUGGGAGAGGACGAUGAAGGGGAGGUUGGAGAAGAGGAGGCAGGCUAUGUUGGAGAUGCCCAAGUUGGUACAGGAGUGGAAACAGAAGGGCCACGGCCCGGCUAUCAAUGAGGCAAUAAACAAUUCACGGACAGUCCGACAACCUGUCCUGAACGUCUCGACCUCUCAUCUCGCUUUCUUUUCUCUGCUUGCAUUCCGUAACGGUCUUGUGUACCACAUCACUAGAUACAACCUACUGUUAUCACGGUCUCAUCAGGAUUUCCUGCUAUGGCCUAUCAUCCGCCUGUUUUCAGCCCAAGAGGAUAUGCAGCAGCUUCGGCAGCAGCGAGGCGGAGACAUGCAGUCGAACGGCCUGCAGGAUGCAGCAGACUUCAUUUACCAUAUCUGUCCAAAGGCUGAGCAUGUGGGAAGAAAUCCGCCCCACCAUUUCCUACAUUUCACAUCUUUUAAUUUAGCCUUGAAUCCAGUCCCAUCACGGAGCACAACAACAGACUCGAGCGUUAAUCUGAAAAAUGGCACUGCUCCACAUUGUCCAAGACACUUUUUCAACCCUGACGAGAGUGCAAGAGCGCCAGAACCCUACCCUGUCCCUGCUGCGAGCGUUCAAGCCCAACUUGAAACUGCUCCUGAGAUUGAUUCUGCUCCUUCAGCACCCGAGACGCUCCCUGAGCAGGGCCUCGAAGUCCUUUACAACAAAUCGCCCCCAGAGGCUGUUAACGUCAAUGGCGUUAUCAAACAGCUAGAGACUUCGACUACACUUCGAAAAACUACUUUCUUAAAGCGGAAAAACUUUGCUUUCGCGGCCCUGGCCAUAUUGCUUCUUAUGGCACUAGCCGUUGGGCUCGGUGUUGGACUCCGAAAAUCUCCGAGAGCCUAUCCUAGCUCUUCAGCUACAGCCAGACCCUCAGGGGGCCCGAUUUCAAUGAACACAGCAAGUCCCACGGCGUCUGCAGAUCCUACAAACCCAACGGGUAUCUCGGACGCGAGAGAUCUAACACCCUUAGCGGCUGAUGCUGUGGAACAAGAUGUUAGCACAAGUCUUCAUCUUUACUAUAUUUCGGUCAGCAAUCGUCUCAGCUCAAGAACGUAUACCGACGGUAUUUGGUGGCAAUCUAGUGAGGAUCUCUCAAAUUACACUACAUUCCCGAGCACGCGGCAACUAUCAGUUACGUCGACCAACAGCACUGGAACUGUUGCUGCAAAUGAGACUGUUAAUCAGAGUCUCUUGUUAUACGAGAAUCUGCAUGGCGACGUGUCCGCUCUUUUGAGAGUGGCACGAGCUGCUACAGAUCCGUGCGAUGCCAUCGCUCUCACAUGUCUUAAGCUUGGGUUGGGUACAAAGUCUCACUGGAUUGAUAUCACCUCAAACAACAAAUCGGAAGCGCGCUUCGGGUUUUCGCCCAUCUAUUUCAUUGGUAGGUUCAAUCAAACUUUCAGCAGCACAUUGUACGAGAUGAAUGGAGGAACUACACUCAGAGCCCCGUUUGCCAGCGCACCGACCCCUUUCCUGGAUCAAAGUAUAUUAGAUGUGCAGAUGCUUUUCUAUGACUACAACUCUACUUAUUUCUUGUCGUCCGAAUACACUUCGUGGAAUAAUGCCAGCUAUGGAAAAUUCUACUCGGGAGGGGAGACAUCAACCACAUCAGAUCAGGCCAAAAAUUUCGGAAACAGCGAUUUUACCGAAUCUGACCUCGUGAUGAUUAGUCCGCCUGGCUAUUUAUUUGCAAUCUGGGUUAAUGGCACACGGCCAGCCGUCAUCAACUUCAAUCCCUCCACGAACACUGCCCCCGUUGGUCCAUUCCCUUUCAGGAGACUUGCUAGUAUUACUUUAGCUAACCAAACGGAGAGCUACUUGUAUCAUCAGAUUAACGGGACUACGCUUGCGGAGGAGCAGUACCUCCCUUCUUUGAACCAAUGGAUCACCACCUCUCACAUCACGAUCUCAAGUUCUUGGUGA